AUGGGAAACACAAAUUCCACGCAACCUAGGAGUGGGAAGGAUCGGAAAAAAGAAGGUGAUUUUCCUGAUCAUUUCUGCGAACAUAAGGUGCAAAAAUUAUUUCUGACAUCAUGGUUCAACUUUUCAUUAUUAAGCACUCGUUCAAUAAGUGUUCAUGCAAAAGCGUACUUUGCAGUUUGCCUCUUACGUAGCGCAGAUACCAGAAAAGGUAGACGACCCGCGAGCGGAACCGGCAAAGCGGCCGGUCAAAAUUCACAAGAUUUCGACAAACGUAACGUUCGCGUCCACGCGACGAAUCCGUUCAUUAUCUUCUUCCUGCGAUUACGCAACAAAAAACCGAAGGAGCACGUUACCGUGAUAGCGCGAGCCGCGGGCAAACUGUGGUCCCAGAUGACUCCUGAGCAGAGGAAGAAGUAUGUGGAUCUCGCUAACGCGGAGAAGAAACGACGGCAGGAGAGAAAACGCAAGAGAAAGCGUUCGAGGACGAAGUAGCGAGGAGCUCAGAUUAGAUGAGGGAAGGAAGGUGAAGAUCUGUGUGCGCAACAACGUCGUCGAUUGUGACAUCUG